UCUGUGAAAAUUUUUGAUGGAAGAGCAGAGGAAUGCAAAAAUCCUUGAAGAAGGAAAAGAAAAAUCAACCAUGAAGAGAAAAUCUCAAGACAAAAUCAGUAGCUUACCUGAUUCAAUCCUUCUUCACAUCCUUUCUCUACUACCCAUCAAAUCUGCCGUAGCAACAAGUGCUCUUGCCAAGAGAUGGAAGGACUUGUCCACCUGCAACUUGAUCCACGCCACCAAUCUUGACUUCGGUGACGAAGUUGAAGACAACCAAGCACCAGAGCAAUUCGUCGACUUCGUCAAUCGAUGGCUCAAUAUCCAUGUUGGUAGGAAGAUCGAGAGAUUUAGGCUUUGUUUCGAUCCGAAUGAUCGAUUUCAGUCGGAUGUUGUGAAUUGGAUCGGAUUUGCUACGAAAAAGAACGUGAAGGAGCUUCAUCUGGACUUCUGCCACAGACUUGAUCAGUAUGAUAUCAGAGGAGAAGUCUCUUCUGAUGAGCAAAAACCAUUUGAAUUGCCAGAAUUUCUAUUCAGCAAUGAAUCACUAACCCAUUUAGACCUCAGCCACUGUGUUCUUAGCCUACCUCUUGAUUUCUCUGGUUUUGGUUUCCUUCAAACUCUCAGACUCAGAGAUGUUCAUAUCACAGAAAACACGCUUGAAUUCUUACUUUCCAAUUGCCCACUUCUUGACAAACUGAUACUAAGAGAAUGCAGCCCUCUGCAAUCAAUCAAGAUCCCUGAAUCAAAUCAACAGCUCAGAACAUUAACACUCUGCCAUUGUUGGCAGGUAAGCGAAAUUGAGAUAUCUGCUCCCAACAUUCGAUCCUUCCUGUUCUGGGGGAAGCUCAUGCAAUCUUUUUCUAUCAAGAACAAUGCAGCCUUAGAAGAAGCAGUCAUCUAUACAAGAGACAGACAGGAUGCAAGGCCUGAAGAUGUUCGUAUGAAGAUUUUGUCUGACCUUUCUCAUGUUAAGAUUCUGACCAUUUGUGGAGGAGCUCUGCCGUGGAAAACUCCCAAGGAUUUUCGGGUCACAUUCAAUAAUCUACGAGAAUUGCAGCUCUUGGCGGAUUCAGUUUGUGAUGUCUACAUCUUCUUCAGACAAAGCAUCUGUCCUUGCCUAGAGAGAUUUUACAUACGGCUUCCUGGUGUCCCAGAAGAUAUGUGCUUGUGGGAAUAUGUGGGAAUGCCAACAGAAGAACCACUACAGUGUAUGUUCGAUCAUCUGAAGUUGAUCAAAAUGGGAAAUUUCAGAGGUAGCAAUGUUGAAUUGAAGAUGGUGAAGUUCUUAUUAGCAAGGGCUGUGGUCUUGGAAUCAUUGAUUUUAGUGGUUCCUCAAAAAUCUUAUGUUAAGAAAGAUUUGGAAGAUGAAGCAGAGGAUUUGGCGUUUCUUUCGAAUUCUGUCGAGACGCCCCUGGGGGUUCUCCAAGAGAAGCUUCUGUUAUUGCCUAAGGCAUCUUUAAGUGCUCAGAUAUUACUUUGUGAGCAUUUGGAAGGUAGUAAUGAUGUUUUACUCAAUCCACACUGAAACUUUUUUGGUCCCAAAGCAGAGA